AUGCGUGACCACUGGCUGUCGUGGGCAGGUCCGCCGGAGACGCUGGUUCUUGACCCGGCUCGCCCUAACUUAGGCGAGGUCUUUAACGACUUCUGUGAUGGGCACGGGGUCAAGGUGGAACAAACGGAUCUCCUCCAGGAUGCACCCAGCCUUGCAGCCAUUGAUUCUGCUGAGACAGACACCGUGCUCCAGCGUGCCAAUGCGGCGCGUGUCGCAGCGCGCAAGGCAAUGCUUGAGUGCCAGGAUGAUCGCGCGCUGCGUGCGGCCCUGCGCGCGCCUCCGCGCGUACACCGGCCGUUUGCGUCGGGCGACUGGGUGUUCUACUGGCGUACUCAGAAGUCGUCGCUUCUCCGGCGUGCGCCAGAACAACUGCGGCACGCGACCUCGGGAGAGUCAACUGUGGCCGAGUUCCCGCAGAAUGAGUUGCUGGGCAUCCGCAAUUUGCUUGAGAAAGGACAGUUUCGAAAAGCCAUCCUUUCCUCCGACGCCGGCAGACGUGAGCAUUGCAAAAGACGCGGAAGCGUCGCCGCGUUGAAUGCUGCCCAGCGCCUCGCCGAAACUCGGCGCCAUGAGCCUCAGCAGGCCGUGGAGCGGCCUCCAGCUGCAGACGAAGGCAGUCGCGAGACACCGUCGGUCAUAGGUAGUGCCCCGUACGUUGGUUUAGAGACCCGUGAAGUUAGUGAGCUUGGUGAAGGGUAUGGUCCAGUUAGGGUUACCCGUAGAGUGUCUAGCAAGCGUCCGCCAGUCGAACUGCACAGACCUUUGGAGACACAGGCUGACGAGUUCCUCGAACUAAUGCAAGAAGUAGUUCCUAGGCUCAUCACCCAAACGACUGCCUCACAAGCCCCUAUUCCCGAACCGUCGGCUGCAUCUGGUCUUGUUCGUCACCACCCUGACAGUCCAAGAGGGUCUAGUCAAAAGAGGGCAGCCAGUCAGGAACAUCAAGAAGCCCCAGUGUCUGCAAUCCCUAGAGCUUCCAAUGCGCCUGAGCAUGAAGGAGAUGAAGCCCUUACGGUUGAGAUAGAUGGUCAGGGUUCACGUAGUAGGGUCGAAGUCCUGUUGGCAGCCUUCAUGCACACGCGUAUGCAAAAAGAGCUGCCUGCUACUGGCAACGAUCCCAGCCUUCAGUCUCGAAUCGAUGAGGCCAAGGGGAUUGAAUGGGAGACAGUGACGGGUAAGAGUGCAGCCAGGGCGUGGACAGGCGCCAAAGCACGGGACAUCAGGCAGAAACAAGCGCAUCGAUUUGUAGGCAGCCGCUUUGUGAUCACAGAAAAGGUGGGUGAAGAGGGCACUAGGGUUAAGGCCAGGUGGCGUUUGCAGGGUCAUUCUGAUCCUGAUUUCCGCGAAAAGAUCUCAUCAGGUUUGUGUCAUAGUCCGACACUCAGCCACCUUGGAAGAGCAGUCCUGUUGCAGCUCUUGGUUUCCAACCACUGGACCAUGCAUCUCGGAGAUAUAAAAGGCGCAUUUAUGGAGGCGGGUCCAUUCCGACCUUUAUACGCGCAUCAACCCCCUGGAGGCAUUCCGGGCCUUCACCCGGACGACGUAGUAGAGAUUACUGGCAACCUCUACGAAA